AUGCCACCUACAACAUCCCAACAUCGUCGCACGCACAAUCUGCUCUUAAUCAAUAAGCUAUUGGAUCAGCGUGAUGCUACCUCGCCGUUCACGCUGGUACUCGAUAGUCUCGAGCAGUCUGCAAGACCGCUAAUUGCAGAGUAUGUUCGCAGAGCGAAGAUUACAGGAGUGCACGUAUUCUUCGUCUCAUCUGAAACGCUUUCGAAGCCUCUUAAUGUGGAUGUCUUUGUAGAAGCAUGGAAUCAGACUUUGCAAUCAUGGGAGAAGUCCCUACAAAAUGAACUCCGUAGACUGCAAAGACGAAGAUGUCUCAUUGUAUUUGACAGCCUCUAUCAACUCUGCGCCACGCCAGACUCCAACAACCUCCCGGCCCUGCUCUCCUCCUUCAUCGGUCCGACAACUUCACUCCUUGCCGUGUACCAUACUGACAUUGGGCGCCCGAGCGCGAGGACCCCGCUACAUCAGAAUGUCUACGCUCCAAGCCCGCUGACGCUGCUGCGGUAUCUGGCUACGACCGUCUGUACGGUACAUUCGCUACACCAUGUCCUGGAGCGCAAGACAGCACGAGAUCGUAGCCAUAUCGAGCCCUCCUUUGGCCUUGCGGAAGGUAAAGAGGGAGUGCUGCAAAGUCUUGGUGCCAAUGGUUCUGAAGGGGUGGUGCUAGAGAUGGAGCACCGUCGAAAAAGCGGACGUGGAAUCAGAGAGUGGUAUUACAUGCCUGUUGUAACUUACCGGGACGGUCCCGAAGGGUCUGGAGCCAAGGAUAGAACAGCCGUGAUGCUACUCGAUGAUCAUCCGUUGUACCGUACGCCUGAACACGAUCGUGCUGCUGAACCUAGCGAGGCGGACGGUACGUUCGAGCUAGGACUUACCGCAAAGCAGCGGCAGGACAGGGAUGGUGUCGUUCUACCUUACUUUGAUGCUCAGACGGGCGGAGGAGAAGGUGGCAGAAUUCUGUAUGACAUGGGCAGCGAGGACGACUUCGAUGAGGAAGAAGAUGAGAUCUAG